AUGACUGUUACCUACACUAAAAUAAGAAAAUAUUUCGGUUACCCAGAGAUACGGAAAGGAAACUACAACUUGCUAAGUUUAUCAGACUGGAAAACAGACUGCAAACUGCGUAAAAGUCAGCAUCACAACAGCUACAGAUUGGCUAAGCGUGAAGCCUUCAACCUUCCUGAUGGGGUUGAUUUGGUCGUUGGAACAAUCGACACUUCAUUCUCCUGUGCUGAUAAAAAUCAGGGAUACUACGCUGACCCUGGCAACGAUUGUAAACUUUUCCACGUCUGUAUCCCACGGGACUUAGAAGAUGGCAAAAGAGAUUUCGAACACUAUAGUUUCUUCUGUGGUAACCUGACCGUAUUCGACCAAUUAACGUUCACGUGUACUUACCCUGAGGCCGCUUUGCCUUGUAAACAGGCCAAAGAUUACUACUACUUGAAUGAUAACAUAGGUUUGGAAGAUGCACUAUUUUUGACUGAUGUUGAAGCUGGAAUUCGCAUACCUGCAAAGAAAUAG